UGAGAGGGUAGUCUUACGCGUCUGCUCUAAUUUCUUGUGCGUUUAGUCACGCGUCACUGUCGAUGACGAAUAUAAUAAACAGUUCAAUACACACACUCUCGUCAACUCGCACUCUCGAUUAAUCGAAAAGCAAGGCGACAACGAGCCUCAACAGAAAAUCGACGAAGCUUCGAGGAACACGCGCGGACGAACGCCACACAAAAUUAACGAUCGGCCGCAAAUUUCGCGACGAACACGAACAACCGACAGCAAAUCUUGUAAAAAAAUAAUAUAUUUCCAAGAAACGCUGCUACGACAACUACUUCAUCAGAGGACUAACGUUGGAUUUUUCUCACAAAGUGUCACGGUGUGAGUUUAUAAUUUAUUUUUAUAAAGUGCUUCGCUUUUCUACCGAGCUUGAAACCCCGGAACGUGAAGUGGCGCGAAACGGGAUAAAUCGCAGGUUUUUGUACGAAAUUAGCAUUUUUCGAACAAAACGGAGAGAGUAAUUUCGCUAGAAAAGAUGCCGACGAGUUUAUUCAGCGAAAUGGACCGUGGGUCGAAUGGUCCGACCAGUUCUUUGGAAGAGCAACGAGCCCUUCAACUCGCGUUUGAGCUUUCCAUGCUUGGCCUUGAAGGCUCCGGGUGUCCGGGAAAUGGAAACGGAAAUCCACAGGAAACCGAAAAUCAACUACAGGCCACCCCAACCAACGUCUUCGAGGAGGCUCGCUCCAAAAAAAGCCAGAACAUGACUGAAUGCGUGCCGGUACCAAGCAGCGAACACGUGGCCGAGAUUGUCGGCAGACAAGGUUGCAAGAUCAAAGCACUUCGUGCGAAGACCAACACCUACAUCAAAACACCAGUCCGUGGAGAGGAACCUGUGUUCGUGGUGACCGGAAGGAAGGAAGAUGUCGCAAAGGCAAAACGCGAGAUCCUCUCAGCAGCAGAGCACUUCUCCCAGAUCCGUGCCUCGCGGAAGAGUUCUCUAGGCGCUCUUCUUGGAGCUCCACCAGGUCCGCCAGCGUCUGUUCCUGGCCACGUGACUAUUCAGGUGCGAGUACCCUACAGAGUCGUUGGCUUGGUAGUAGGUCCGAAAGGCGCCACUAUCAAGAGGAUCCAACACCAAACACACACAUACAUCGUGACUCCUAGUCGCGACAAGGAGCCAGUAUUUGAGGUAACCGGACUCCCCGAAAGUGUUGAAGCAGCCAAGCGUGAAAUUGAAGCACACAUCGCUUUGAGAACUGGAACUGGACCAGGUAUUGAAGAAGCAGAUCUCUUGGGCGCUCUCUGCCGCGGAGGAUUGGGAUCUAUUCUUGGAUGUCUAGAUCCCCCAGGUUCGAAUGGAUCCAACGGCUCCAGCGGUGCUUUCUCCAGCAGUGGAAGCUGCUCCAGUUCAUCCAGCAGCUCCGGAGCGCCCGGUCUCAAUGAUCUUGUUGCCAUCUGGGGAGCUGGUCUCGAAAGAGAUGAGGGCCUCGGCGAGUCGCCUUCUUUUGAAUCUCAGGCCGUUUCAUCAUCUUCUAUCUGGUCUUUUCCUGGAGUAGCUCUUCCAUCGAGACCUUCUCCCCCAGCAUCAGCGAGCCCAGCAUCUCCAACUGAUUCUCUCCUGGGUGGUGGCAGCACAGUUCGGCGGGAGUGUGUCGUCUGCAAUGAUAAGGAAAUCAACGCGGCUCUUGUUCCGUGUGGACACAAUCUUUUUUGUCUCGACUGCGGAAAUCGAGUUUGUGAAAGCUCCGAUCCAAGCUGUCCGGUUUGUUCGAGGCCCGUGCUUCAAGCACUGCGUAUACUCUCUUAAAAAAACGCGCUCUCCGGAAACGGAGGAUGAGGAGGAGGAGCAAGGAGAAAAUAGAGGACUGAUCUUGUCGACGAAAUGAGAGCGAAAAUGGCCAAGGACGUAUGUCCGUGACGAUCGUCUCGUUCGUGUUCCAGCGCGAGGAAGAUGCUGGGACUGACCGUCACGGACAACGAGGAUCGUCGAGGGACGACGACAACUUCUAGAGUUUAGAAAGAGACGCGCACAAGUUUAAAUUCCACUGCUGCUGCUGCCAAUAUUUACCUUUUACCCGGGAAUAAUUAUACGAUUCUUCGCAUCGCUCAUGUUCCCGCCAACCGGAUACAACGAAUCGAUUUAAAAGUUUUAAUCGCCCUACGUAGGUGUCACUCGCUGGUAUGCCCCUCAACCAACUGAAGUAUCCGUGGUUUUUUGAUCCGAGAUCUAAAAUGCGAGUCAAGUCGUGUUUCGUUGGCUGUAAACAUUUUGGACAAGAGUCCAGAAAUUCGAUAAAAGUCGCGGCUCUCUUGCAUGUUAGGUCUCGAAAUGCCACGUCGUCAGGAAGUUUAUCGCGAUCACCGCGACAGGUGAACAAAUCCUUUCUCAAGCCAAAUUCUCGAGUGAUAAAAUUAUUUCCGAAUGUCGCGUUGGUCGUGAGGCGGCAGCGAAGAGUUAUUAGAAGGGUAUUUAGACUGGCGAAGAAGUAAGUGUAACUAGGGAGCAUCGUGAUUCGCCAUCGAGUAUAAGCCAGUAGAACUCGGCACUCGUUCCACCCGCUAUCCCUCGCAUAGAGUAUUAUCCUACCUUUAUAUAAGCGACACAGCAAUUGAAAUAAUAAUAAUAAUAUAUAUUCUAUAAAUAUAAACAUAAAUAUAUUAUAUAUAAAUAUAUGAUGGUAUUUUAUCGAGGAGAUUUAGAUUUUGUAUUUUUCGCGCGUACGCCGACGGAACGACGGGCGGGAAACGAGUCGCCGGAUGUGGCGCGUAUUCGCGCGAAGAGUCGACAAAUUUUUGGGAUGAUAUUGAAAUAGUAAGGGGGUUGGUGUGAACUGGGAGAAAUGGCGAAUCACGGAGCGGCGGUCCCAAAAUUGUAUUCUUGAACUAGUAAUAAUCGAAUAAUAACUAAUUCUUAACUAAUGAUAUAUAUUUCGAGUAGGGAUCGUCGACGCAUGCAAGCUUUUAUUUCGAGAGACGUAUUAUAAAUUAUAUUAUAUUAUAUUACAUAUGCUAUAUUAUAUAUAUAUAAAUAUCACAUAUUAAUAUCGCAACUCAGCCGCGUUCGGGAUUUGCGGAGUUUGGGGAUCCCGCUCGAACCUCCUUCUCUUCGCGAAUUUCGCGGACCUGGCUCGCGAGCUGCGAAGCUCAUCGGUGUAUUUCCAAAAUUAUUAUCCGCCCGAGCAGUCGAUUGGCACGCGAGCCACGUCUCACAACAGUGGCGCGUUUUUUAAAUUGUGUUAUCGCUGUAAAAAAAAAAGCUGGGCUACUGUCCCACUCUUAAUCACCCGCGUUUUUCCAAGGCGAUUAAAGGCUGAUAAAAUGAAGAAAAACGGGAGAUGAGAGAACGAGUCAGAAUUUGCGGGCUCGAUUUCUAGCGUUUUUCGACAAAUUUCUUGUGUUCGCUUUUCGUUUCGUUGAUUCGUUUUUCUAUUUGAAAUUCUUGGUCUCGUAAAUCGUUGCCAUUACGAAGAUAUGCUCAAAUCAUUGCAGCUAAGACAUUCGUUUUGUAGAACGGCCACUGAGAAGAAACAAGGAGAACGAUUUCGUUUCAAGGUUUCAUUCCUUUCUUACGUGACGCCCUCUACGUUCUUCUUGACUCUUCCAUCUGUCGCGUUCUCAUAUGCAUGCACACACAUUCAUCAAAACAAACAUAAAACUUACAUUAAAAACACACACACACACACACUCAUAACAUACAAUCACGCGAUUUUUAUUUUGGCGAUGUCGCGCUGGUCAUGUAAGAAGAUGCACUGCACUUACAUUAUACAUAUAAAUAUAUAUAUAUAUAUAAAUAAUAUUAUAAAACGAUGCUCGAGAGAGGUUUAUUAUAUUUAAGUUCGAGGCAAAGUGAAUUCUAUAUUUUUUCUAUGUUAAGUAUAAACAAAAAAAACAUGAAACGGUGAUGACAUACAUAUAUAUUAUAUAUUUAUAGGUAUUCUCUUUAGCAUCCACGUUCUGAAUUUAAAACUAAAAAAAGUACCGUGUAAUACGGUGGAAUAUUAUAAAAAAUACAUGUAUAUGUAGAUCAAGCGGAUAAUAUGUCAUUCACUUCAAUAUAAGUCUGAUCGAAAUCACUGGGGAUUUAAAAAUGAAUUUGAAAAAAGUAUGGAAAAUGGGUGAGAGGCGUAAAGAAAAAAGACGAUAAAAUUAUAGCUAGGGAUUGGGAGGGGGGUAUGGGGAUUUAAAGGAUAGAGGACAGUUUUUAGCAAAAAAAGAUUUAGACGAUCGAUGAAGAUUCUUAAAUACGUAGAUAUAUAAGGAGUAUAAUAUAUAAAUAUAUGAAAAUAAAUAUUAUAGCAACAGGGAGGGAAAAGAGAAAAUGCUAGUAAUCUAUUAUUCUAUGGCGAUUUGCGCUCGAGAGUUUUUACGUGUAAAAGUAAAAUAAUGAUGUGAAACAGACGACUUUAAGGCGUAAAGGGCGAUUGCCGACUCCAAAGGGUUCACGAAAUAUAAUGUUUCUCGAAUCAUUCAAGAAACUUGGAGAGAUUGUGAGCCUGAAUGUGAAUGAUUUUACCUGCCAAUUGAGACCCCAGCUUCGAAUUCAGGUGUUUCGAGCCGUUAAAAAUCUUUGCAACGGAAAAUUAGGGGCGAGUCCCCUUGCCAUAAAAAUAACCGUCAUUUUGAAUAAGCAUUUGAUCUCUGAACUAUAAGAUUCAAAUAAAUUUUGCAAUGACUUCGAGAAUUAGAAUUCUACCGUUCGUCAAGCGUCACAAUCGAUAAUUCAUGACAUUGUUAUUUUUAAAAAUCUUUUUUCAAUACUUUCUAGGGGUAGAGUUCUCGCUCUAAAUUCCAAAACCAGUAAAAUCUUUGAAAUUAUCUUUUGAAGGUUUGAGGGAUGAAGGUGGGAGCUUCAUUAAUCAGUCUUAUUUUUUUCGUUGCAAGAGUCGAUGCUCCACCCCCCGAUGUUUAUCCUUUAUUCUUUGAAGCGAGGGGUCAAAACUGGGGUAGCAUACUCUUGGAAAAUACACCCUAGAUUGCCCAGUUUUUAUUCAUGCAGACCACAGAAACGAGUAUUUAUGUAUUAAUAAAACGUGGCUAAGAUUUUAACGAAACAGUUACGAUAAUACUUGUAAUUAUAAUAGCUACAAUUAAAUAUUCUAGAUUAAUGUAUUAAAUAAAGCGUAAAUAAACAUAAUAGCCAUUGGCUGUGACCGAUAACUGCCAUUUUCGUAGAAAAAAAAAGAAAUAAAAAGAAUCUUAAAUAAUUCACACGCGAGGUAAAACUGACGUGAUUUGACGGACGGAUGAAAGAAUGCGAUUUUGAAAAAGAAGAAAGGAAAUCGCGUGAGUUCGUUGCAAUGAGGGUCUUGAGAGAUUUUUAGAGUGAGAAAAAAAAGAGCAGGUGUUAGGCCCCCUUGUCCACCCAAUUCCAAAAACCCCUCCUUGUGAGAAGAAUGACGAAUAGAGGAUUAGGAUGUGAACACACGACGAUACAUAUCUCAGAGAAUAAUAAUUAAACUUAAGAAAAUCCUAGAGAGUUAUGGAGAAUAGAGAUAAACUAUAGGUUAACGUGAGCUAUAAAGGAAUCAUAGAGACGAUCGUUGUUGCUUAAUUUAACUGUAUUACUAUGUUAUUAUAUUCUAUUGUAUAGGUAUAUAUAAAUAUCAUUAUUAUCAUUUGAUAGCAUAUGGUUAUUAUAAUUGUGUUAUGCGCCUAGGAUUUUUGCUUAUUCAGAUUUCCAAGUCUUAAUCACGAGAUUGAUCCGACGAUUCUCUCUUCUUCGGUCCUUGAUUCGCACAAUAAUCUCGAGAGAAAAAAAUAUAUAAAGCCAUUCUUUUUUCACUUUGUAGAUUCAAAUUUUUUUCAUGAACUCUAUUUCGUUCGCGCAUUUAAGCUAGACCGAGUAGUGAUUGAUGAGUGAGAACUUUUCGAGAUAUAUCUAAUAUAUAUUAUAUAUUCUAUACGUUUGUACAUUGUAACUAUAUAUUAUAUAUAUGCGAAUAUAAUUAUGCGAGCGUAGUCGGUACUGAAACUCUAUGUAGAUGCGUAAUGCUUGACGCGAUUUUUUCGAUAUAAUUAAUCUUCUUUGGAUUAAUUACUUACUUAAUUAAUUACUUACUUACCUACUGGAUUACUUAAAAAUCAAACCCGUAGCAGUCCGUAAUCAAGUUCAACGAGACGGUAUCUGGUAGCCAUCUAAAUAAAUGUACAUCUAUAUAUCUUCUCCAGAGACAGAGUCAGAGUGGUAGCGGAAUCCGGAUCGGUAUUGUCGUUACUACCUAAUCGAUGUAAUAAUUGUAUUGAUAACCGCUCUAUAUUAUGACCAGUACUAUUGUUAGGCCGUUACGCGAGGUUCAGCGCGGCUACGAGCAGCUCCCAGCCCACAAACUCGAUCUCAGAUGCGAAUGAAUGCCUCUAACGAUAUUUUCCCUUUUCAUCUUUUAUUUUUCGCGAUAAAACUUCAAAUUUUAUUUUUUGAAAAUGGGGAGAAAUUCUUAUAUUGCGCAACAGAUUCAGAUUUUAUGGAAGUUUUAGAAAAGGAGAUUUAAAUACCAACUUUUCAAAUUGUAGAUUUCAAUUACCAAUAUUCACCAAUAUUUGGAUGGUUCUAAUCUACGCUAAAAAUAUGCUUAUUGGUAAUUGUAGAUUUUUAGCAUUUAUCUCGAAAAAAUUCUUUGCUUUUUUUAAAAUUUGAUAUUUGCUGUAUUCGCAAUCGAUAAUAAAUCUCCAUAGUAAAUCCGAAAAAGAUCAAAUCGAAUUGGAAUGUAUAAUGAUUUAUUUCAAAAGCCUGUGACUUGAGCACUUUUAUCCAAAUUAAAAUAAUGGAUACUGAUUCAAUUUUGAUUUUCAUACAAACAUGAAAAUUCCAUCAUAUCCAUUGGAGUAAAAAAUAUUCCGAGUAAAAAAAUAACAGGAAAGGUGUCUUUUUCGGAAAAAUGAAUCUUGAAAAAGAAAAAUGAAGUGAUCGCACUUUUUGCUUCUUUAAGAGAUUUUUCUUUGCAUAUAUUUUACAGUUUUGCUAACUUUAGAAUUAGCAUUAGUCAGGUUUGGGUCUAGGAUUCAAAGAAGGGGAGAAUUCCUGCUCCGGGUGUGUGAAUGACUGUGAAAUCAAGUUUAAGAACCCUAGCGAGAGGCAAUUGCCCGAAUAACUAGAGAAUCAGUAUU